AUGAACAACAUCAGUUAUGCGGAUGACAUGGUCUUGCUGAGCCCAUCAAUCAGUGCAUUAAGACGUUUGCUGAAGGUCUGUGAGAGCUAUGCGUUGACUCAGGGGCUUAGGUAUAAUGUCACUAAGAGUGAAUUACUUGUUUUCAACGGUGGUGGCAGAAGAUACUUAAAUGUGCCUUGCAUCUCAUUAGCAGGUACACCCUUGAAGCAAGUCACAAAGUUCAAAUAUCUGGGCCACUGGGUCACUGAGGAUCUGUGUGACGAUUUAGAUGUAGAGAGGGAGCGCAGGGCGCUGUCUGUUCGAAGUAAUAUGUUGGCCCGUAGGUUUGCACGGUGUUCUUACGACGUCAAAAUGACGCUUUUUCGAGCCUACUGUCAGACUUUUUACACCUGCAGCCUUUGGGUCAAGUAUACACAGAAGGCAUACAGCGCCCUGCGUGUGCAAUAUAACAAUGCCUUCAGGAUGCUUGUUGGGCUGCCGCGUUAUUGUAGCGCUUCUGGUAUGUUUGCCGAUGCUAGAGUGGACGAUUUUUAUGCCAUAAUUCGCAAACGAUGCGCUUCUCUCCGGCACAGAACAGAUACCAGCACCCACGGCAUGUUGAGGGCACUUAGUGACCGGUGGGACUGCCCGAUGCUUGGUCGAUGGAUUUUCAUUGAUUUUUUUCAGAUAUUAUUGGUCGUAGUAUCCUUGGUGUUAAGUGGGGUGGUCUGUGAGGCCCCCGCCCCAUACCCUCCUAGUGGGUGGAGGCCCAGUGGACCCUCUUUUGAAUUACCACAGCGACCAAUCAAACAAGAAUACCUGCCAGUUGACCCGCGCAGACCAGCAAAGAACCCCAACUUCGAUGACGGAGUAGAUGUCUCAGUCCAAGGCUUGCCUACACAGGAGCAACAACAAUUAUUCCAGUUAUCACCCAUCAAUGGACAGCAAUACACCGGCCCAAGCAUAAACUCCGACAUUAAAAACCUAGAACCCAGCUUUCAACAGAUUCAAUUUCAGUAUCAGCAACAAUUGCAGAAAGCGCAACAGUUUGCGAGACAAAGAGAAUUCGAUGCUAGAGUAAAGACACCAUCAAACGGUCUUCCAAACCAAAAAUCUCCAAGACAAUUCGCUGCAGAACCCACAACAACUUCAGAAAGACCGAACUUCAAAAGCAACGCAGAACCUACAACAGAAUCGUUUGAAUUGAAUGAAGGAGAACAAUUAGACAAUCCUAAAGAUAAGAAAGAAAAAGUAUCUGUAGAAGUAACAAAACAGAAUGUACAAGAAUAUCCGCCAGAGCUAUUCUUAAGUCCUUUAACACAAUUCAAUGUGCAACCCCAAUAUGUUUCUUUGCAACAAUUUGGUCAAUUGAGAGCUCCUCUUUACUACCAGCCAAUUCAAGCUGCUCCAGAAAGCCAAGGAUUUGACGGUCGAACGCAUUUAGCUGCUCUUCCUUCAGUACUAGCACAAAGACAGUUGCUCGAACAGAAAGCUGUACAAAAUCCUUCCUUUUCACAAAGUCCAAUCAUCGUUCAGCAAGAUCCCGCUUUAGUGCAAGAGCCAGUGAACCAAUAUCAGCCUAUUGUUAGUCAAUACCAACCCCAAGUGCAAUCUUACCCGCAGUUUCCUGCACAGCCUGUUGUGUUACAACCACAGGGAGUGAAUCAGAUUCAACCGAACCAAUUUGUACAACCAGGUCAAUAUCAACCACAAUUCCAAGCCAACCCACAAGUCCCUCAACAAGAAGCAGAUGCGGAAACAAUUCAAACUGACCAGCCACAAACACAAGUGCAAGCGUAUCCUCAAUAUCAACCAGCUCUGCAACCGAUGAAUCAAGUACAACCUAACUUCAUCCAACCCAAUCAAUUUGUUCAAAGUCAAUAUGCUCCAGCUAAUGUGUACGCACAGCCAGAUCCUUUCGCACAAAAUGCUUACGUUCAACCUCAGCAAAAUGCAUUCGUUCAACCUCAGCAAAAUGCGUUUGUUCAACCACAACAAAACGCUUUCGUUCAACCACAAAAUUCCUUUCCUCAAGCGCAAUUCGGGGCUCAACAAUUUGUGCCCGCACAGGCGAACCAACCGGAACAAGACGCUGAGAACAUCCCAGCUCAACAACCGCAAAUAGUGUACCAAAACUAUCAGCCACAGGUUUAUCAGCCGCAGGUUUAUCAGCCAAACCAAGAUCCGCAAGCCAAUGGUGUGCAAUACUUCUUCCAGUCUCCAAACCAAGGACAGGUUGCGUUACAAUCUGGACUCAAUGAUCAGCAGGAUAAUGGUUUGGAAAAUGAAGAAGAUGAUGAAGGUACGAAGGCGACAGCUGUAGCCACGGCUUUUGGAGCAAGAACUCAACCACGAGUAUUUGCCGGCUACGGUGCUCCCGUUCCUAACUACCAAACUACCACCGAGGCUGCUCAAGAAGAGAAUGCAACUGAAGACGGGCCAGCAAUCGCACAGGCGACCGCAGUAGCGACUGGCAGAAGGAAGAGCGCUAAGUUGAGGAGCCGUCGCGUUCGCCCCGUCUUCACUUUAGAUAAAACCGGACAUCUUGUGUUAGCUGAAAACCAGUAAAAACCUAGAUUUUGCCAACAUAAAUACAUUUUCCAAAAAUUUAAACAAAUUAAUUCAUAAAUAAUGGAAUUAAUAAUGUAUUGAAUAUUAUGUCAUUCUAUUAUUUAUUUAUUUAUAACU